AUGUCUCUCGCGUGUUGGCAGUAUGUGGAGAUGCUUCUUAUUCCGUUCCCGAGACCGGCUGACAUUGGUGCAAUAUUUCAGGCUCCGUUCUGCACACAAAUUCUUGCAGAUUAUGGUGCCGAUGUCAUCAAAGUUGAGACUGUUGGUACAGGGGAUGAUACAAGACAUUGGAUGAUGCCAGGGGAGCAAGAGAAAUGGAAAAAGUCGGCCGGUCCCAUGUCGAACUAUUUCUCUGCGGUAAACCGCAAUAAGCGCUCCAUUACACUUGAUCUAAAGCAGCUUGAGGGAAAAGAGAUCCUCAGAAAGCUUGCAAGAAAUGCAGAUGUCUUAAUUGAGAACUUCAAACCUGGCACUAUGGACCGCCUUGGCUUGGGAUAUGAAAGCCUGCAAAAGGAGAACCCGAGGCUGAUAUAUGCCAGUAUUUCAGGGUUUGGAACCACUGGUCCUUACUCCAACCGAGGAGGAUACGAUCCGAUAGCAGCAGCAGAAGCAGGCCUUCUUCACAUCACUGGGGAAAAAGACGGUCCUCCUGUGCGCACAGGAAUCGGCAUGGUCGACAUGGCGACGGGCCUGUAUCUCCAUGGCGCAGUACUUGCGGCUGUCUACGCUCGUGAGCGCGACGGGACGGGCCAAAGAGUGGAAACGUCACUAUUCGAAACUCAGCUCAGCCUACUGACCAACGUUGGUCUUUCCUGGCUGAACUUGGGCAUCGAGGCACAGCGUUGGGGUUGUCAACAUCCUAGUAUCGCCCCCUACGAUGCUUUUCAGACUAAAGACGCAUAUCUUGUCUGUGGGGCUACUAACGACGCCCAAUUCGAAACCCUUUGCAAGCUCCUGGGUCUUGAAAAUCUUAUCACAGAUGACCGCUUCCUGACAAACCCCAAGCGGGUAGAGAAUCGUCAUCUACUGGGUCCAAUCUUCAAUGAGAUUUUCCUGACUCGAACGACGAGGGAGUGGGUGUCGGUCUUCGAAAAGACGGGUCUUCCUUUUGGCCCAAUUAAUAAUAUGGAGCGGGCAUUUGAACAUCCGCAGGCCGUAGCGCGGGACAUGAUUGCGAAUGUGAAAAUGGAGGCUGUGGAGUCUGGUGAGCUACGACUUAUUGGGCCGGCGGUCAAGUUUAGUCGAUCAAGGACGAACUUGAGGAGAGCACCACCUCGCCUAGGAGAGCACACGUCGGAAUUGCUAGAUGAGUUGGGAAUAGAAAAGCAACAGGCAGCGGAGUUAGAGAAGAGGGGGGUUAUCUAG